CACAAUCAGGGGCGAAUUUUGUUUGUUGAUUGAUUUUAGAAAAGCCAAAAUGUGAAUAAUCUCACAAUUGAUAAAACAUAAUCUCUCAAUAUGAGUGUGGCCAAGCCCAAGGGGCCAAUAUUUGACCCCGGGCUGUGCAGGUGUUGUGGGACUAUGAAGAGAUGUCGUGUUUUGAACAUCGAGUACGAGAAUAGCGGGCAAAAAGAAGUGUAUUCUGAUAUGAUAAUGGAUUGUUAUGGCCUUCUGUUGUCCCACCUAGACGGCAAGCCUUCAGAGCGUUUGGUGUGUGCUACAUGCGUGUUGCGGCUCCGAGAGGCUUUCACCUUUAGGAAACAGGUGCUGCGGUGUGAGGAAGCCUUUCUGCAGAUGAGGAUGUUGGACUGUGAAGCGGGGGCUCAAGUGGCCCAAAUGGCGGAGGCGACGGUGGAGGGCGCUCCGCCGGCCGUCUGCGUCAAGACCGAGCCGCCCGACGACGACUCCAUAGCCGGGGACACGCUGGCCGACCUGCCUGACGAUGAGCCCGACAUCAAAGUGGAAGCGAACGACGACUCAAACCAAGGCGACAUACCACUAGUGCAGCGAGUGAGAAAAAAGCCCGCCGCUCCCAUGUUGGAGAUUAAUGUGGCUCCUCUCACCACGCCCGCAAGGAAGGCCAAGCCUGCAAAUUUGAGUGACAAGAGCCUAGCAUCAUUGAAAAAGCAAUCGGCAGUAUCAACUCAAGUCAAAAAACCAGUGCUCCGGGCAACUGCGAUAAGGAAAUCUGUCGACACGAAAGCUAAGAAUGGAGCCGCGACACAUGCCAUGGCUAAGAGAACUCGACCCGCAGUAGAGAAGCAAGCACAACUACCCACGGUUCCGACGGCCUCACAAAUGCUACAGCGACAGAAACUCCCAAUGGCGAAAGUGCAAGAAAUGAUGCGCGAACGCGACCCCACCUACAUGAUUGAGACAAAUGCGCUCACAAUCAUCGAGUUCUCAUACGUAUGCCCCUUCAAAUGCCGACACAAUCACUUAUUAUGUCACUACUGUGGUGCCCAUUUUAUAGACCCAGUGCAUUUGAGAGAACAUACUGAAUCAAGCCACUCUCCGAAGAAAUUCAAAAUCGCUGAACACCGGAACAUGCUCAAAGUGGAUCUAACAAGAAUCGACUGCAGAUUAUGCCCGGAGAAUAUUACAAACCUGGACGACUUCAAGAAACACAUAUCGAGUGUCCACAACAAAAAAUACUACUUCGACUUCAAAGAUUUGAUUUUACCGUUCAAGUUGACUAAAAAUGAAAUGAAGUGUGCAGUGUGUGAUGUGAUUUUUCCGUAUUUUCAUGCGUUGAAUAAGCAUAUGAACGUGCAUUUUAGUAAUUAUGUGUGUGAGACGUGCGGGUUGGGUUUCGUUGAUAAGGGACGGUUUGUGAUGCAUCAACAGAGGCAUGAGGAAGGCGAUUAUCCGUGUGAGACUUGCGGGAAGGUGUUCAAGGCGCAGUAUAAUAGGGAUCUCCACAACGACCGGGUUCACAUGAAGCGCGGACGCGUUUACUGCCCCAAAUGCGACAUCCGGCUCAUGUCCUACCACCAGAAACUCAAGCAUUUGGUCGAGGUGCACGGCGAAGAGCCCCUGUCGUUCACGUGCAACGUGUGUGACAAGGUGUUCGAGACACGCCGCACGCUUACCAUACACCGGCGGAAGGACCACUUGAAGGACUACAGAUACAUAUGCCAAUGCUGCGGCCAGAAGUUCUUCACUCGCUUCGCCUUGAACAACCACAUGCCCGUCCAUACAGGCGCGAGAGACUUCAAGUGCAAGGUCUGCGAGAAGACAUACCCAAGGCUCAAGACUCUGAAAGACCAUAUACGGAUACACACCAACGACAGGCGGUAUAGAUGCCACAUAUGCGGUCAAGCCUUCAUACAAAACUGCAGCUUAAAGGGACACAUGAAGAGUCAACACCCCGAGUAUGGAUAAGGUGUCUUAUUGUAAAAACAACGUGGCUGUACAGUACAAGCAAUAGUAGUUUUUAUGUGUAUAGCGUUAAGGUAUCAAAUCGGACAAGUUUUUGAAACCGGUACCUCUAGCAUGAGCAACUUUCGUCUUCGAAUCGUUUGCGUAUUCGACAAAAUUCGACACUCAACCUUCGAAUUCAACGAUUACGUGAUAAUUUUGAUUCUCAAAAUAAGUUUCGUGCAACCAUUUCUCAUACUAAGUUCACUUUACGACACGUUCACAAGGGCGCUGAUGUAGUUUUCGUACUAAAUCUUUUGAUGGCGAUUCGAAUACGCAAACGAUUCGAUCUCGAAAGUUUUUCGUGCUAGCCGAACCGGUGAAUAAAAGUCAGACGUAAGUUCAUUAAUAAAUUAAUUUCGAAUC